AUGUCAAACCACGCGAACAUGAAGCUUCCUGAAUAUCGUAAAAAUAUUACUUCUGCAUGUGACCAUUGUAAGGCAUUAAAGCAACGAUGUUCAGGAGGCAAAAAUUGCAUUAGAUGCGUUAGAGGGAAUGUAGAAUGUAAAUACACUACACCUAAGAGACGCGGCAAAAAACCGCGAACCCCCAAUCAACCUUCACCAAAUCAACCAUCCCGUAAUCAUCAAUUACCCUCCGACCAAUCACUAUCACCCUCCGCUCCCAAUAAAUCACCCUCCGAUCAACUACCCUCUAAUCAAUCACUCUCCGAUCAAUUACUCUCUAAUCAAUCACUCUCCGAUCAAUUACCCUCUAAUCAAUCACUCUCCGAUCAAUUACAUUCCGAUCAAUUACCCUUUGAUAAUAAAAUUUCCCCUGAUGAAUUUGUCGACAUUACAAAGCCGGUGGAGUUCCAAGCUGUAGGUAAAAACCUAUUUGCCCCUUUUAUUCAUCAAGAAUCUCAGAUUUCCAAAGAUCCUCCCAUAUUCUCGAUAUCACCAGAAAUACAAGCACCUCUUGAUAAAGCUGCCAACUCCCUCAUGCAAAUGACUGAUAAUCUCCAGGAAAGGAACUAA